AUGUGCCGCCUUCACCCUUGCUCUGACUGGAGUGACUGGUCAAACUGUGACGCUAACAGGCCAGGAGAAUUCGGAGGACAAAAUCGUAGCAGGAAUUGCGGAUUAAAUACGACUUACUGUGAACGUCACAAUAUACCAAGUUUAGAAUACGAUACUAGAGUUUGUGAAGGCAAAUGUCCAAGCCAUUAUGUCGUUACCAAACACGGUUUCUGUUUGAAGCUCUACAACAAUGACAAGAAACAGAGAGAUGAUGCUGAAACUGCGUGCCAAACAGAUGGUGGACAUCUUGUUAAUACUGAUUCUAUUAUCAAAGUGCAAGACGUGAAUGAAACAAUUCUUGACCAAAAAUAUUCCGGUGAUCGUCUCUGGAUUGACGGACGUAGAUCGGAGCAAGCUGGUCCGUGGAAGUACGGUUACCCAUCAGCUGAGCCUUCGUUUACCUUCUGGGGAGAUAACGAUCCUGAUAACGGAGUUAAUGAUCUUUGCAUAAUGUACCACAAGGGAUCACACACUGGGAACUCCUGGCGUUGGUUUGACUAUGACUGUGGUUCAAAACAUGAGUUCAUCUGCGAAAUUCAAUGA